GGAACAUCAGCACAUACUUGAACAGAAAACAUAAUGGAUGCACAUGAAAGUUUAUCACAUCUGGUAGAGACAUCACCUUGUUACAUGCUCACAGUACGAGUGAUAAGAGCAAGGAAUCUCCGACGAACAGAUACCUUUAGCCACACUGAUUGCUACUUGAUUCUAUGGCUUCCGACAGCUUCUUCCAUACAAUUCCGAACAAAGUCUGUUGAAAAUUCCAAAGACCCUGUAUGGAAUGAAACCUUCAAUUUCAUGGUCCACAGUAAAGUGAAAAACAUGUUGGAGCUCAGUAUCUAUGAUGAGGAUAACAUUUCCAAUGAUGACCACCUUUUCACUGUGCGCUUUGAUAUAUCUGGACUUCCACUAAAUGAAAAAGUUCUCAUGCACUUCAAGUCCAAUCCAAAAUCUCGCCAAGUUUGCUGUUUGGAAUGUGAAGUGCAGGAAAAAAAGGCACAAAAAACAAAGCAAGAACUAUCCCUUACGGUAAAAGGAUCACAUGAAGGACACCAGAAACGUAGUCUUGGCUCUGAUUUUUGUAUUAGUCCUACAUGGCAGUCUGCAUUCCAUUAUGUGAAAUAUAAACAGCCAACACUGGAUGUUAGACUACCAAAAAAGGAUCUAGAUUAUGCCUUUGGCCAAUAUGCCGGUAAUGGAGAAGAAGGAUCCCUGAAAGUGCAGAUCAAUUCACUUCCUACAAAGAAAAAGAUUAUGCUAGCAGAGAACAAUGAAUUUGCUUUGCAUGUAAAGACAGAAGACUGUCAGAAUGUCCUAGAUGUGCGCUUGGGGUAUGACCUGUGUCCACAAGAGCAAGAUUUCCUUGGCAAAAGAAAGAACAUUGUUGCUGGGGCACUGAAAAAAGUUCUCGGACUAGAAAGGGACCUGCAGGACCAUGAGAUUCCAGUUGUGGCAAUCAUGACAACAGGAAACAGUACAAGAUCAUUGACGGCAUUGUAUGGAAGCCUACAAGCUCUUAAGAAGUUAAAUUUAAUAGAUUGUACUACAUAUUUGACUGGUUUUUCAGGCACAACAUGGACCAUGGCAAAUUUAUACAAAGAUGCUUAUUGGUCACAGAAGGAUCUGGAUGAGCAAAUCAGUGAAACGAAAAGACACGUGACCAAAAGCAAGACAGAUUGCUUUUCCAUGGAGCGUCUGAAAUAUUACAACAGGCAGCUGCUUCAACGGAAACAAGAAGGACAAAAAACAUCCUGUAUAGAUCUAUGGGGGCUUCUUAUUGAAUAUUUCUUAAAUGAUGGGAAAGACAAACAUAAGCUAUCUGAUCAACAGCAAGCAGUGAAUGAGGGUCAGAAUCCUUUACCAAUCUACACUGCAAUCAAUGUGAAAGAAAAGUACAGUACUAUGGAUUUCAACGAAUGGGUUGAGUUCACACCCUAUGAAGUUGGUAUACCAAAAUAUGGAGUUUACGUUCGUGCUGAAGAUUUUGGAAGUGAAUUCUUUAUGGGUCGCCUGAUGAAGAAGCUUCCAGAAACUCAGAUCUGUUACUUGCAAGGCAUGUGGAGUAGUGUAUUUUCCCUGAAUCUCCUGUAUAUAUGGAAUAAGUCUCAUAGUUCAGAGGAUUUCUGGCACAAGUGGACUCAAGAUCAAAUAGUUGACAUUGAGGAAGAGCCUCAUCUAACUACAAGGACACAUGAGCAAAAGAUAUAUUUGUACACUCCUGCUGGACCCCUCUCCAGUGCUUUCAGAGACGUGCUCACUGAUCGCCUAUCAGUUGCCCAGUACCACAAUUUUCUCAGAGGUCUACAACUGGAUAACAGCUAUCUCGAGCAAAGCAAUUUUCAGAGAUGGAAAGAUACUAUACUAGAUUCUUCUUCACCUAACCAGCUGACCCAAACAGAAGACUACUUGUCUCUAGAAGAUACAGGAUUCUUCAUCAAUAGUAGUUCCGCACCUCUGCUGAGACCAGAAAGGAAGGUGGACAUUAUCCUACAUUUAAAUUACAGUUCAGGAUCACAAACACUGCCCCUGGAGCAAUCAUGCAAGUAUUAUGCAGAGCAAGGAAUCCCAUUUCCCAAAGCUGUUCUAAGUGAAGAUGACAAAAAAAAUCUUAAAGAAUGCUAUCUAUUUGAAGAUGCAGACAAUCCAGAAGCACCCAUAUUACUGUUUUUUCCACAAGUGAAUGAUACCUUUCGCCAUUAUAAAGCACCUGGUGUAAAACGCUCAGAUUCAGAACUGAAAGAUGGCAUAGUUGACGUCUCUAGUAACUCAACUCCCUAUUCUACAUAUUCACUGACAUUUAGUGAUGAAGAGUAUGAUCAACUGGUGCAACUGAGCGAAUACAAUAUUUUGAAUAACCAACAUCUAAUCCUUCAAGCCUUGCGCUCAGCAGUAAGACGGAAAAAAUGUACAAGAAAUAAUGCCAUUUGCUGAGAUCUUGAUGCAUAGAAUGAGAGGCUGGAAUUUGGGUCAGAUUUCUCUUAUGAUUGUUCAUAAGGCUAACUGAAUUCCACUUCAGUCCAAACAACAAAGUAUAACUGAUUAAGCCAAGCAGUCCAUAUUAAGACACUGUCAGAUCAGCUUCUUCCCAAACUUGUAGUGUUUUUGUGAACAAAUGGUUUCUGUCAGUAUGUCAGACACUUGAGACCUAAGCAUCAGCUGUAAUGAUUUCCCCAUUUUGUUCAUUGCUGUUCCCUGUACUAGCAGAAUUAAUUCAUGGAAAACAGUAAUCCUAAUUCAAAACCAGUAUGUAGGUGAGGCAGAUUCGAAUGUUAAAAGAAUCCAGGAGUAAGCUUAACCAAGCAGUCUCUGCAGUGGUUAAGGAACAUUUGACUGGUGUACAGGAGGAGAGGCAUACUUUUAUCAUCUCCGAGAUUAGCUGAGUGUCCCCUGCAGUACUGCUAAUGUUGCUGAGGCUUGGCAUCAUUUGCUCCUGGCUACAACUAGUCCUACAGGGCAGCAGCCUGCCAUGAAAAUUCCCAGUGUCUCUCUGCCUCUGAAUGUAACUUCAUACCCCUGGAAUAACAGAGAUUCAGUUUGAUGUGGUGGUUAAGAGUGGCAGGACUCUAAUCUGGAGAACCAAGUUUGAUUUCCCCACUCCUCCACUUGAAGCUAGCUGGCUGACCUUGGGUCAGUCACAGCUCUUCCAGAACUCUCUCAGCUCCACACACUUCACAGAGUGAUUGUUGUGGGGAUAAUAAUAACAUUGUAAAUCACUCUGUGUGUGUGUUAAGUUGUCCUGAAGGGUGGUAUAUAAAUCAAAUAUUGUUGUUGUUAUUAUAUCUAUUGUAGGUUUGCAGCUGUUAUUAUAGGGAAAGAAACCAUGCACUCUGUUGUGUGCUCUCUAUGAAUUAACUCUAUAAUUGGAGCAAAUAAUUUUGGAAAUAUCAAAUAGUGAUCAAGGUUAUUAGAGUACAUAGUUAUAUAUACAAUGGGUGAAUGAAGACUGUUGAUGGACUAUAGUGAGAGAAAAAUUACAUUGAAGCUUUUUAUGAUGUUCCAGACU